AUGACCAAAAACUCUGCUUCUUCUGCUGCAAAUCCAUACAUUCUUCCUAAACAUGAUCUCACUAUGGCUGAUAGUCAACUAAUUGAUAUACUUCUUCAUGGACAAAACAAUGAGAAUAAAUUUCAAGUUGUUAAUCAUUGGUGUAAAAAUACUCGACGAAAUCGUCUGGCAAAUAUUCUCGACGUCUCUCAAAGAUACGAUGUUUUAAUCGCGCUGAUAACUUCACUUCAACAAACAACAAACAGCGAAUAUCAAUAUAAUUGUCUAACACUCCUCUCCGAACUUCAAACAACUAUUCAUCAUUACGAUCAACGAACUUAUCUUCCUGUGAUUAUACAAUGCUUCUCUUCCACGUCCCAUGACGUUCAAACUUUGGCAUCUCAAUUACUUGUAAAACAGUUUCAUUCAACAGAUGACACACAAACAUUUCUACAUAUCUACAUCAAAGAUGGCUUGAAAUCUCCAAAUAUUCGAAUCUGUAUCAAGUCCAUCGAAGCAUUAAACGAUCUAUUUACAAAAUGUCACCAAUGUGAAAAUCUCUCGCCGAUAUUCGAAUUACUUCUUCAAUGUUUGCAAGAUAAUCUUUUCCGUUCAAAUUAUAACACCAUACUGAUUCGAGCUAUUCAACAUAUCAAACGCAUAUCAACACCGGACUUAUUCAACACCUAUCUCGAGUCGUAUUCGCCUUCGUUAAGACGACUUUAUUACACAUAUGUACCUCAACAAAUGGACAAUGAUCUCGAAGAUGAUGAAGCCACUCCCAGAGCGCCCGUUCAACUGAAUGAUUUGGUUUAUUCUCAAACAGAAAUGAAUGGCUACCGGCCCAGCGGUGGAAAUCCUUAUUCGAACAACCUCUUCGCAACUCAACGAUCGAUCCUUUCUUCCCAAAGCGACAAUUCUGAAAUGCAUUCACUCAUCGAAACUAUGCGUGCAAAAUGGAUGACAUCAAACGAUACAAAUCGUUUAAACUACCUCGAUCGUCUGAUUGUUCUAUCGGAUAAAGCCUUUCAAAUCUUUCGUUCUCAACAUCCACCAUCGUCGACAUUCGACGCGCAAUUUCACCAAGCAUUGAAUGCACUCCUAUCACCUAUACUCGAGAUUUUAUCGUAUAUAAUGUCGGCUAAUAUUGAACUAUCAGUUAAAAUCAAACUUGUUCUAUCAACAUCGUUAGCAUGGGUUAUUAAACAUGGACAGGGUAAUUUUUGUAAGAAGAAUUAUAAAUCCAUAUGUACGACAUUUAAAAACGUUCUUCUCAAUGGCCAAUCGAACAAUCGACAAUUGGCGAAAUUCAGCGUGAGUCUCAUACUCUUACUCGAAAAUUUCGUUCAUCCUCAAAUCAUUCUCAAUGAACUAAUCGACGAGCAAUUUCAAUAUUACAGUUACCGCAUACAGUUAGAACUUCUCGCUAUUGUUACAGCAACACUGAUCAAGCAUCGUCAACAUCACUAUGACAAUAUAUCGAACAUCUACAAACAUUUACUCCCCAUGUUGGUGUCGAACCGACGAGAACUUCGGCAUGGUGCCAUGGAAUGCUUUACAGUGAUAUGUACAUAUUUCAAUGCCUACAAACCAUUGACAUCAACCAUGAUUGAAACGAAUCAAUCAAUUAAAUUAGUUCUAUCGUUGAUCGAUAAGUUGUCAUACGAUGCAUCGAAUGCUUUACGCUUUCGUCUACAACGUAACCUAUUUCCAUCGCUAACCGACGAAGGUAAUAUAACCCCUGGUCUAGUAUGCGAUUCAAGCACAAUGAAUGAUCCCGAUGCGAAGUUUAUUGCACUUGCGAACAGUAAUAAUACAGUACGAACACCUCAGACAGCAAGUAGUCAUGAGAGUUCAUCUGCCAAAAUGUCACCAACUAGCAGCAAACUGCUUCAAUUAGCUAUGCCAUUUGUUACGAAGAAGACGAACACGCAAGAACUGGUAAUGCGUAGUCGGGAAAUACCGCCAUUGAAACCAUCCAACGCUGAAUAUGAUUCUCAUCGGUAUGCCAAUAAUAACAAUCAACAUUACGAAGCAUCGAUCACUCAAACUAUUCAUAACAACAGUACACUACAAUUUCGUCCGGUGAUACCUCAUCGUCUGUCGGGUAACCGAAUGCCAACAUCGCACAAUCUUCUUGUAGCCUCACAAGUGCACAAUCAUUACGAAGAAAAGUAUCUGACACGCCAACUCGAUUCCGAUCUCGACCGUGAUGAAGGUAUCGAUAGUACCAUUGGAUCACGAUCGUUAUCGAUCAAUACCGUCGAUGAGAACCAACAUGAGUCCACGCCGAAAAAGCCGGUUCGAUCUGUUCACAGUAGUUCCACGCGAAGAAAAGUAACUCGUCUAUUCAGUACCAAUAGUGAUGUCGAAUCACCCUCAACACACACACUAACACCAGAAACGAGCAAUGAGAGUGGAGUGUACUCACAAUCUGGACGCGACACUGAUUAUGAUACAAAUAGUGCAACAAGAUCAUUGAGCAAAGAUCAGUUAUUUUCCACGAAGCCACGCCUUGCACGUUCUGGUUCGAAAUCUCUUAUUGACAGGUCGCAAGGACCGUUGACAAAACAAUUAUCAGGACAAAAUCAUGACCAUCAACAUUCAAACGAGAAGACCAUACAACGUGGAAAUAAUCGAUAUGUUGAAGUUGUUGGACGUGGUUAUAGCGAUGAAAAAACGUCAUCGAGACGUUUGUCAAACGACAGUAUAGAAGAUAAGCAACAUGUGUCCGGAGCAAAAUCUCGAGCAAAAAUUAUCAAAGGCUCUGUCGUCAACAGUUCCUCAAAUGCAAAUAUGAAUAUGGAGGAUGGAUCUCACGCCGAAGACGCCCAUGAUAUAGGAGUGAUCGGAAAAGCGGUACAUAUUCCAUUACGUACAAAAACGGACACCGAUAUACUCCGAGUACAGAAUAAUAAUAUUAUGAAUAAUUACAUGAAUGAACAGAGUGAUCAGAUCGAUACAAUGUCCGAUGAGUUCGACAGUGAUUCAAAAGAGAAUGAAAAUAUUGCGGACAUGGGUCAAUCAUUGUCAGCAUCGUUUCGUUUACGUGUUCAACAGAAAACUCAAGAAAAAAUCGAGCAAAAGGCCCGUCGCCGACAAGCUCGUGAAAAUCGUUCUCACGAAGACCAACUCAAUGAUCACGAUGACCACGAUAUACCUAUGUCAUCCAAUUCUACCAGUCGAUAUUCAUCUCAACCUGAUCUAACUGCAAUUCUCAAUGAUAUCCCAGUCAGUAAUCGACGUCAAAUUGAUUCAAACAUCACUUCUGUUUUACCCAAUUUUCCAUCUCAACAACGUUCGCGUGUUUUGAAAAAUUCUAUGGCUCGUUCUCAAACAUUCAACAAUCGACGUGAUAUUUCCAUGAACGAACAACGCUUUACUCUGAACCGCCCAUUGUCCGAAGAUCGAUCUGUUGAACAAAUAAAAAAUCCUACAAGUACCUAUCGAGAAGCGAUGGAGUCAGUAGCCAAUGACGAUUGGGAACAAAAAUGUGCUGGUCUCACACUACUUCAAUUACUUCUUGCACAGCAUCCUGACACAGUGACACAGAAUCUACAUCAAGUUGUUCUAGCUCUCAUUCAAGAAGUGAAAAAUCUUCGAUCACAAGUUGCUCGUUUUGCCUUAUCAACGUUUUGUGAUAUGUUCAAGUAUUUGAAACGUAACAUGGACAUCGAACUUGACCUAGCUGUCAAAGCCUUAAUACAAAAGAGUGCCGAGUGCAACGAAUUCUUCCGAUUAGAUACUGAAAAGUGCCUUCGAACAAUGGUGGAUAAUGUUACACUACAAAAAGCCUUACAAGCACUGAUCGCCGCUGGUGCAACACAUCGAAAUCCAGCUGCAAGGAAAGCGUCAGCGAAAUACAUCUAUUACGUUUGUGAAAAAUUGGGUCCAACUAAAAUUCUAAGUGGUACACGAGAUAUUACAGAACGUGUCUUACAAGUUGGCGCGACAUUUGCAGCAGAUGGACCGCCAGAGAUCAGGCAAGUUGAAAUCACUUCAAUUUUUCGCUCAAUUUUCAAUUUAAACUCUAGAUGGUACGGCAAGAAGAUCUAUCAUAUGUUAAUGGCUUUCGAAACAUUGGACGCAUUGAUGAAACAAUAUCUCACGCCAAGUGUCUAUACAAACAUGUGUGAAAUUCUUGAUAAUAUUCGAGUUAAGGGAGGUAUUGGUGAAACACCAGGUGAAUCGGCAAGGAACAACGCUCGCCGCGCCCUAUCGAACGACAAACUAAAUUCCAACCCGAGUUUUACCAGUCAGCUAUCUGUAACACGUAAAGCGAAUACAGCUGAUCAAGCCGAGCAGGUUCGUGAAUUAACGAAGCAAAUGCGAAGUUCAGAUUUUCGCGAACGUCUCAAUGGCAUUGAAGAAUUCCAAAAAUUAUGCGAACUCGAAACCGAAACAGCAAUUCAGUCUCUUGUACAAAUCUUCGAUGGAUUUAAUGAAUGUCUGGCCGAUAUGAAUUCCAAAGUUGUACUCAAAGCAUUGAACACGAUGCAUCAACUCGUGCCGAUCCUAAGUGAUGCUUUGGCCAAUGUCAUCAACUCCACUCUACCGAUCAUUGCGCAGAACAUCGCAUCGAAAAAUCGAGACAUCUCACAGUGUGCAUCGGAUAUCAUUGACACUGCUAUCGAAUACAUUGAUUGCGGAGUAUUAGUUCAACCAUUGUGUACAUUAUGUCAAAAUAGCAAUCUUCGUAUUCGACCUGAACUUAUUUUAAAAUUAGCUGCUCUCGUGCCUCAAUUAUGUCAACGUAAACCCAAACAAGUCGAAAUUCAUCUAUUGCCAACUUACUGGAAAUUAUUAUCUCUACUUCGUGGUCAAAAUUCGACGACAAUCACAUCGUCAGCUGGCGGUGCGAACAAUCUGAACUCGUCCGUACAUGUUAUAACAACCGCUCUCUACACUGAACUUGGCACUACUUUGAUUGACCGAGCUAGCUCAAGUUCAUCAGUAACACCGAAAAAUCUCCAGUUACUUCGUGAACUGUGCUCCAGCAUCGACGCUGUGUAG